UCACUCCAAAAUCCUUUGCAAUUAGUUCACUAACCUCUACUUAGUAGCUUCAUUUGCAAAGGGUUACUGUGAAAAUGGCUUCCAAGAAAACUUCAGUACUGGCUUUAUUCAUCGUAUUCAACAUUCUCUUUUGCACCAUGGUGAGUGCAUGUGGCACUUGCCCUAGCCCUAAACCGAAGCCGAAGCCAAAGCCAACACCAAGCCCUUCUAAGGGCAAGUGCCCUAAAGAUGCCCUAAAGUUGGGUGUUUGUGCCAAUGUGCUUGGCAACUUGCUUGGCCUUGUGGUUGGCAACCCUCCAAAGAAACCAUGCUGCUCUCUCAUUGAAGGGCUUGUGGACCUUGAGGCCGCAGUCUGCCUUUGCACCGCCAUUAAGGCUAACGUUCUGGGCAUUAACCUUAAUGUUCCACUUUCCCUCAGCCUUCUCCUUAAUGUCUGCGGUAAAAAGGUUCCUUCUGGGUUCCAAUGCCCUUGAACAAUAAUUUAGCUUUUGCUGUCAGCUAGAGAUCAGAGUUGAGAAAGCUUUUUCUUCAAUUCUUCCUAGUUUGAAGUUAUAUAUUUUGGGUUUAAUUUCCUUUCUUGAAUGCACUGCUCGUGCAAUAUAAUUUGAUGUAUGUGUUCUCUUUUCUCUGCUUUCAUUUGCUGUGUGUUAAACGUGUAAUGUACUCUAUAUCGGAAAAAAUAUAAUCAAUACAAUUUCUGGUUUCUUUUAUA